UGUUGCAACGCUUCUCGGUGUUGGUGCAGCGUUAGGGCCAUCGCGCGAACAAAAAAGAGAGAGGAGCGCGAGCUUCUUUUUUGACAGACCAUUAUUAUUAUUAUAGGUUUCAAUGAAACACGGAUCUGAUCAGAAAACAACACGAGCAGUUCGUGACAAGUGUGGUUUGAUGUGAAGUGUGUGCGAAUAAACUAUAGACAAGAGAAAGGAAGCAAAUUUUCGAUUAAAAGUGAUGCAGCAUCUUCGCCCAAGUACGUGAUUACGUUCAAUGGUUGAUUAUUUCGUUUCACAUUCGAGCUCAUCGGCCGUCGAGAUGUGCGGGACGACGGAAAACCCCCUUCGCUGGUCCGAGAUUGUAACUGGUGCAUACCGAUAGAUAGAAGAGCAGAGUAAGAGGAAGUACGGGUGUUGUGAUACUGGAUGAUCUAGAAAAAUAGGUGAAGUGUUUUCGAUUUCAUCGUAUGCCGUUCCGGGUCGCUUGGACAAUGCAAAUUGCGCUUCGAGAAAGUGAUAGGUUAACAUUUACCCCCGCAAUUUGGUGGGCGUGAAACUAUAGUAGUGGUUAUACUGAAAAAUCAACCUCGAAUCGAAUGAUAACCUGUGGUAAAAGUUUCGCACAGAAAAGAAGAGAAGAUUCGGUGGAGUUUAUUGAUUUUUGUGUCUCUUUCAUUGAAACCUGUUUCUGCGGUCGGUUGGCUAACGUAGCUGCUGGUAGCCUUGUAGGUGCUUCUGCUGCAUCGGAAUGCUGCUGUGCUGAAAAGGGGGAUCUUCAUCGUCUCAGCUAGAAGCGAGGAAGAAAGGUAUAUACUCAAGACUUGCGACUGACUUCUAGUUAUUUAAACUCAGGUAGAUGCAACUUUCUGGCGAUAUGAAUAUCAAAUAUCAUUCUCAAGCAAUUUCCAGUUCCAGAUUAGAAGGAAAUCUUCCGGCUAACAGCAAGUGGUGCUCGAUUGUACUCUCCGGUUCAAGUUCCCGCUAAGCCGAUUCGAUACAGAUGUUGAUGGAAAUUAUCAGCUCGUCUGACCCACUCAGCCGACACUCCCCCCGGUAGCUGCCCACCACCAGCCAGCUAAGCAACCGCGUCGUGUACGUAGUGAAGUCAAGCAGAGCUAACGCGGGCAACAAAGCAUAAAGCCAGCACCACCCAAACACCGGCGCCCGGACCGAGCCAUUGCCGUAGAAGCACUGGUCAGCACUUUUUUUGCACUAUCUAGACGAGGAAGCAGUAUACGGUUAAAAGUUCCAGUUGACGCACUGUACCCAACUCCAUGGGUAGCAUCAUUACAAUCAUCUUACGGUCCGGUCGUUAAGAAUUCGGCCUGUUAUUUUUGGUAGUGCUGGUGGCAGCAGCCACCAGCCGGUAGGCAAACUAUUAUGAAUGGCAGAAAAAAUAAGCAUCUUCACCCACUGCUUUGCACGACGUCGCUAGGUACUACUAGCUAAGGUAGACAGCGAGCAGGGGAAACGCAAACACCUCCCAGAAUCGUCAGCCCACAACAGUGCAGUACCUAAAUCAGAGCAGUACGCACCUGCUUUAGCCAGCCGGUCAUAAAACGAAAACGAAGGCAGUAGCACCACGGACGACCACCGCUCAGCUGUGUCGAGUAGAGCUGGGGUGAAAUUGGAGGCAAUAGAGGAGUGGAUUCUCCAAGUGGGAAAAGGAAAGGUGGAACAAUUGCCCGGUGUUAAUCUGAGGAAAACGUUCGCGCGUCUGCUUUGAUUCAGUAUCGAUUCAGAGUUCACGCGAAACAGAGCCUCCGAGCUCGGACGAGCCAGUUGGAGAGUCGGAGCCCCCCAAAUUAGGCUAAAUCUACCAGCAGAAUGAGCACAAUAACCGCCAGAGGAGAAGCGCACCAGCGAACAUCAUAACCUCGUUUUUGCCGCUGAGGCAAAGAUUAUGUAAAUUAUUUGCAACUUUUUUCGAGCGCGCCAUUGUAUUUCUUGACGAUUCUUCUGGCUGGCUGGAGAACGCGGAGAUAUAGCUGAUCUGCCACGGUGCGAGAGUGUGAAAGCAAGUGUUUGACGAGUGCGGUGGUGUAGGCCGGUUUUUACUGGACGACGACGACGACCGCGCGAGAGAGUGUGUAUGUGCGAGUGAGAGAACAACACGGCCACCGCGGAAUAAGGGAGCUUAAUCUUAUCACAAAAUUGCGCCGCUAGUAGUGCGCGAGAACCGAGUGAUUUCGCAAGUGCUCGACGGUAUCGGGAGUCAGUGGAAGCAAUUUAUUUUUCAUUACCCCGAAGCAUCCAUCAAUUGGCACCGCCGUCACGAAAUAGUGCAUUGAAAUCUGUGGAGCAGAGCCACGUGACGACAGGCUUUAAUUUUGAAAUUAACAACCACAAUGCUUCGGGCGGGUCGGAUGAACCGCAAAUGUCAUGUUUUUGUUUAGAUCAGCUGAGCCAGCGUCUGAGCGGGUGAAACGAACAACAAAGGAAGAUCCCAGUUGUGGGGUGCAAAGCCCGAGUGUGUUUGUGUGGUGUGGUGCCCGAGUUAUAAGCAUAAUUUACAGUGAAGAAAAAUAAAAGCCACGAGUAAGACAACAUAAGAAAUGCUGACACCGGUGAAAAACAAUCAAAGGGCAUGAACAUGGUGUAUGGUGGUGGUCAGUAGAGGACGUCCUCUGCCACACGUUGGUACGAUUUAACAGUAAUAGUGCCGAGGAGAACUUUCCAUCAGCUCGCAGUGAUACGUGUCGAAUUGUGUGAGGAGCAGUGAUCUGGUCAAUCAGAAAUAUGCCACUCAGUGAUUUAGAAAAAGAUUGAGCGAAGAUUACGCUGAAUCGAAAGUGAUUUGAACAGUGAUCACUCUGUGCUUAGGUUUAGAAGUAGUCAGAUCGGGCGCAUGUGCGCACCUGACCACGGCAACCGGUGAAGAAGAUGUACUGGAUACGAUCGAAAAAGUUGAAAGAGCGCCUGGCGCUUGGCUUUGGUGCCUCGCUGGUGCUGUUCACCCUGCUGCUGGUGAUCGAUUUACAGAUGGAUCUCGGAGUGUCUCGGGGAGAUUUCAUACCUUCCCAUGCGCGGAUACGAUUCGCUAGCGAGGACGAUAAAAGCGGUAUCUACAAUGAAUUUCAUCGGAAGUUUCUGGCGAAAAGUAACGCUUCCGGAUCGAAAGAGUACCUAACUACUAAUCCACACACCCGUGGUAGAACGGACACCUCCGGAGCGGGGUUUCCGGGCAAACAAAUUACAACAACACCGCCACACGAUCGAUUUAAAGAUCUAACAGCAGUGGUGGUGGCACCGAAAAACCGACGAAAUCCACAAUAUUUUGAACGGAUCGUUAUCAAAGAAGACUAUACGGAAGAUGUCAAUCCGAGCCUGGCGGAUAUGCUUGACCUGCGAGUAAGUGUCAAUGCAAGCAACCUGGAGAAAUUUCAACUUUCAAUUACCAAAAACGAGCUGUACUCCAAGAGUGACCGACUCGUAGACGCUGUGAUACAAGACAUGAUUACGCUCCCCAUAAAGCACGUCGUUCAAAAGGAAGGCGGAACGCAAAUAAAACUGAUCAUUGAAUAUCCGAACGAUAUUCACGCACUGUUCAAGCCGAUGCGAUUCCCCCGGGAACAGCAAACGCUUCCGAACCAUUUCUAUUUCACCGAUUACGAGCGACAUACAGCGGAAAUUGCCGCAUUCCAUCUGGAUCGGUUGAUGGGUUUCCGUCGAGCGAUGCCCGUCACCGGCCGGAUUCUAAACAUUACCACCGAAAUCGAGGCGUUGUGCGAUGAAAAUCUUCUGAAAACAUUCUUCGUGUCACCGGCACGUAACAAGUGUUUCCACGGCAAAUGUUCCUACUAUUGUGAUACAUCCCAUGCAAUCUGUGGCAGUCCGGAUACACUGGAAGGCUCGUUCGCUGCAUUCCUACCGACGCAGCCGGAUACUCAGCGGAAAGUGUGGCGGCAUCCCUGGCGCCGUUCGUACCACAAACGCAGGAAGGCCCAGUGGGAAACUGACCCGGACUACUGCGCCAUGGUUCGCGACAUUCCCCCGUACGACGAAGACCGUCGGCUACUGGACCUAAUGGACAUGUCGGUGUUUGAUUUUCUCACCGGCAACAUGGACCGGCAUCAUUACGAAACGUUCAAAAUUUUCGGAAAUGACACAUUUCCGAUUCAUCUGGACCACGGUCGAGGCUUUGGUCGACCAUUCCAUGAUGAGCUUACCAUUCUGGCACCACUCCUGCAGUGCUGCCUAAUUCGAUCGUCAACAUUGGAAACGCUGCUACUGUUACACAACGGCCAAAAACCGUUGUCGGAGCGAAUGCGAGAAUCGAUGACAAGUGAUCCGAUCGCUCCGGUCCUAUGGGAACCGCAUCUAGCCGCUUUGGAUCGCAGGGUGGGUAUAGUUCUACAAGCAGUUCGAGACUGUGUUAAAAAGGCUUCGGAAGAGGAAGAAUUUGACGCAGGACAGAAUCAACUCGGCAACGGUGACAGCUUCUCCUAGCGUUCCUAUCGUCAGCAGACGAACCGACUCUACCAGAUACUUCGAACCAAUCAUAACAGUAACGGUGUAAAUCCAAUCGGCCAACAUAUAAAUGUGUACAUAGAAUAGUAAUCCGCGAAGACAUGAGUGAGUGCUGCACGUGCGAGAAAACUGAGAGUGAAUGUGGUUGGAUUAGGACCGCGAAAGAGAAAACUGUGAAACGGAGGCUAACCGACUUCCGUUAGUGAAUGUGGCGUCGGACGAGUUGUUUAUUAGCUCAUUACAUGAUAACAAUUAUCAUAAAAUGAUAGCGGGUCGCAAAAUAGAGCGGCAAAACGAGCACGUUCCUGUGCUACAAAUCCUACGAUUGGGCGGUUGUAAGGUUCUAAUUUUUACUAGACUUAGGACUAGCUGUGAAACUGUCAUGUUCGAUGUAUGCGGAUGAACCCGCUGCAGUGAGAGGCCAAAGUUGUAAAUGAGCAAAUCAAGGAGAAACUAUUGAUCCCGCCGCGGAUCCUUAUUUACGUUUUAAACGAUAGAGAUGAUAUUGUUUCCGUUAAGUUUUACCAAUAUGGAACGUGUACCACCCUUCUUUUUUCCUGUUAUAAAGUAAAACCUUCUAGAACAAACGAUCUGCUCGAACUCAUUUCUCAAGUAUAAUGUAACAAGUGAGAUUGAUCUAUCAAUCAUUUUCGUCCUGUAUCCUGAGCCGUACGAGCAAAUUAAUUACACUCACAACAACGUAAUAACAUAGCUCAUAAUCCUUACCGUAAUAGCCAGUAGAAUCAGCCAAAUAAAAAAACAGCCAGAACUCAAAUUAAACAAAUCGUAAAAAUCGACGAUUGUUGACAGUGGUUUCUCCCCAAUCAACUUUGUUCUGUGUUAUUGGUGUUAUUAAUUCGUUCCCAAGAAUAAAUAUUGCCACACCACCUAUAGUGCAAAUUGAAACUUUCCUUUAUUUGUAGUAAAAAAUCAAGCAUCCAACAACACAGCAGAUAAAAAAACGUGGCGUCAAUCCAGCUUCGAAACGACGAACGAUUGUGACGAAAAAUGAGAUAAUUAAUCAAAUUGGCAUUAAACUGCAUGAAUAUGGAGACUGUCGCAUCCGCGGUAAUUUUCUUUUUUAUUUAUAUAUCACCGCAUGCAACUGGAAGAGUGGAGAUAAAUGAAAAUAAUCAUAUUUUUAAUUGCACUUGUACAACAAUUGGAAAACAUCAGUGAUAAUCGGAAAACUGUGAGACAGCAUCCAUUUCGAUAGACUGUAGCUCCGCUCGGUUCGUCCACGUAGACACAUCGGACGAAACAUUGGUUACGUCAGGAAGAGGUAUGAAAAAUGAUUAAGCAUCGGCAACUACUGCUGUUUCGAUUGGCCCACGCGAAUUUAACAGCUCGGUUCUUUAUUUUUUUUUUUUUUUGUUACUCUGCGCCACUAUUUUAUGCAGGGGAAAUGUUCGCUGAUCCGAACUAUUGUUUUCCGAUCAUCCCACGCAUAUUUUUAUUACCGAUCUAUUUUCGUUCCCUCGUAAGGCUGUUUAUAUUCUGAUACUAUUUAUAAUUUAUUCGACGCUAGAGUAUAUUGUAUAGCAAAGAUUAAUAAAAGCGUAAUCUACAAAAAUUUGACAAAUAAAGUGAGUACCGUUGUUGUUGUUCACAGUAAUAGAA